AUGGAAACAGCUUUUGUCAAUAUCUCAGGCAAAAUCUGGUUAUUCCUCUCAGAGGAUGUACAGGGUUCUGUGGAGAUAGACAAUGAACAGCAGAUUACUUUGAAGCUGUUUCACCAAAGUUUAAACUGUAAUAUAGUCUUAACAGUGGUGUAUGCCUCUUGUGAUGCUGGAGAAAGAAGAGUGCUUUGGGAUUCCAUUAACCAGGUCUCUAAUCUUUUUGAUUUACCUUGGCUGGUGGGAGGUGACUUCAAUGUCAUAUCUACAGAAGAGGAAAAAUUAAGAGGUGGCACAUAUACAUGGUGGAAUGGAAGAGAUGAAGAAGCAUGCAUUUUUAAAAGCUUGGACAGGAUGGUUUGUAAUGAUAAAUUGCUAGAUGUAAUGCCCACCAUGAAGCAAGUUGCAUCACUGGAAGAGGUAAUCAAAGUCCAUGAGGAGCAGUUUGAAUCAUCUCCAACAGUACAGAAUAGAGAGAGAUUACAUAGGGUGCAGGCAGACCUUAGUAGAUUCUUACAUUUGGAAGAGCUGUUUUGGAAACAGAAGUCAGGACUAACAUGGUUUCAAGAUGGAGAUAGAAACUCAAAGUUCUUCCAUGCUUAUGUAAAAGGGAGGAGAAAGAAGCUUAGAGUGGAUAAUAUCCAAGAUGCUGAUGGAAAUUGGCUAACCAAUCAAGAAGAGAUCUCACAAGAAGCAGUCAGAUGUUAUCAGAAGCAGUUUGAAGAAGAUAGAAUUCCUUCUAAGUUUGGUUUACUAAAGCAUAUCCCUACCCUAGUCACAGAAGAUCAGAAUCAUACCAUGGAGAUGCUACCAAAUGAAGAAGAAGUCAAAGAAGCUGUUUUUGCCUUGAAUGGAGAAAGUGCCUGUGGUCCUGAUGGAUUCACAGGAUUGUUCUUUCAAUCAGCUUGGGAGAUAGUCAAACUAGAUGUGGUGGAUAUGGUUAAGGCAUUCUUUGUGGGGCAAAGAAUUGCAAGAUUCAUCACUCAUACAAAUCUGAUUCUUAUCCUAAGAAAGAGGAGUGCAAAGUUUCUCGGAUACGAGGCCAAUCGGUCUCAAGCAAUUUUACAAACAAAAUCAUGUCAAGGGUACUUUUGCAUGAAAGAUUAG